AGACUCUGUGCAGGUCAAUUACUGGCCUUGUCGAGUUACAUAACGGAGGCACACUGGAGUUGGAACAGGAAUUUCGGAAUAACAUUCCCAACGGCAAGCAUCAUGUCUGUGGAUGAAGAUCAACCGACAAUUCCAGCUAGAGUGAAACAAUGGGCAGAAACCCGCCCAGACAAGGAAGUGUUUGUCUUCUAUAGUGAUGAAGGAAGGCGAGCUCUCACCUGUAAAGAUGUACACAACCUCUCCACAAAAUUUGCUGCACUUCUUCAGCGUCGGGGGUUGAAACAUGGAGAUGUGCGUCUUAUCACCGAUUUUGGCAUCAUGGCAGCUGGGUGUGUUGCUGCCAAUGCCCAGGCACUGCUGGCGGACGGUACUGAUCUGUUGCAUGUGAUCAACUUGAGUCGCUGUCGUCUACUGAUUGGGGACAAAACACUACCUGGGGGUGCCUGGCAUCUUCUCAAACCACAUCUGGGAGAAAUCAUGGAUCUGAAAGUGAAAUCAAGCAAUGCUCCUAAACUGGAAAUGGUGGAGUUUGUUGGUGUUAAAGAAGGUGGCGAUUACCUGGAGAUGUUGCAUCAGGAAGGAGAUCCUGUUCCAGUUGAGAUACUACCAACAGACACAGCUCUGUAUUGGACAACCUCUGGCAGCACUGGCUUUUCAAAACUUGUGCCAAAGACGCAUGCAGUUAUGCUUUUCCUUGCUAGCAGUUUUACGAAGAUGUUUCGAAUCCACAAUGAAGUUGAUGUACUGUACAGUGAUCGGCCUUUGGGUUGGGCAGGUGGGUGGCCCUAUGGAUUUAUUGAAAUGGCAGUCCCUUAUGUAACGACAGACACGAGAGGUUCUGUUCUAGAUCAAUGUAAGCUGUCUUGGGAUGUGCUUAGCGAGGAAAGGUGUACUAUCGCUGUGCUUUCAAUAUCCUUCAUGAAGAAACUGGCAGAAAGAAGAAGUCUGGAAAACUCGGGUGAUGUGAUUCAAAGAUUGAUGUGUAUUGUUACAGGGCAACCUUUUGCCAAACACUGCUUUGAGUUUGUUAGUAAGAUUUGUCACUCCGUGGCAUCUGCAUAUGGAAUCUCAGAAGUUGGGUAUGUAUCAAGUUGUAUUUGUGAGAAGGCGGAAGACUUUGAAGACAACCUGGUUGGAUGUAGCUCUCACUUAGAGGUUAAGGUAGUAGAUGAACAGUUUACAGAUCUUGGAGCAGGCAAGGACGGACAAGUCCUGCUUCAUGGACAGUGUGUGUUCAAGGGAUACAUUGAUAAUCCUGAAGCUACAAAAGCAGCUUUUACAGAUGACGGCUGGUUUAAAUUAGAUGAGGUGGGCCAUUUUGAUGAGAAGGGGCGUCUUUUUGUCGAAGGAAGACGCUCAGAUGCCAUUAUGCAUGGAGAGUACAUUAUAUACCCAUCCUGGGUGGAGAAGAAGUUGAGAACAUGUCCCUAUAUUUCUGAGGUCAUGGUGGUCCCCGUUCCUCAUCCAGACAUGUGUCAUGAGGUCUGUGCCUGUGUCAUACCCAAACCAAACAUGGAUGUCACCACCAAGAUGAUCAAAGAUCACUGCGAUCCAAUGUUCAUCAGCGAUUCCCUCCAUGAAAUGUCAGCCAAACCAGCCUACUAUGUUCUGGUGGAGAGUUUCCCUCUCAUACCAACAGGCAAACCUGACAGACGGGCAUUAUCAGAAAUAGCGGAAAAAAAUCACCUCAAUCAGCCUCUAAAUUCUUGUCCAACCCGAAUGGGCUGCAAUGGCAGGCUAAAGUACCCAGCAGGCGGUAAAUUACCUCUGUGAGAUUAAUUUAAUCGCGAUUUAAUGUGUAAUAUAUGUAAUCCGUGUAUUGUCAAAAUAAUAGUCGAGAAAUAUAAUCAGAAUACAUUUGAGCGGGUUUAGUAAUCAGAUUAAUCAGAAUAUAUAGUGUGAACAAAUUUAGUAUCAUAUUCAUUUUAUCAUUUCGGUCAGUGGAUAUUUUUCACCAAAUAUUGCAUGUAUGUUACUUUCUCUCUUAUGAUCAUUAUUGAAUUUGUGUACUCGUACUUGAUAAUGUUACUAAAUAUACUAAACUAUAUUUACCAUUAAAAUGUUUCAUUUAUAUUAUUGUUAUUGUUCUUGUUGUAUAAUAUCAUUAUUGUCUGCCCUUGACAUAUAUAAUGCAAUGUAUUCAUAAAGCGUUAUUCUGAUAAUAUGAACAUCAGUAGGUCGUUGAUCCUUACGAA